UAAUUGACUUCCCGUAUUCCUAAUGGGGACAUAAGCUCGGCACUUUAACCAGGAUCAUGGUCAGAAAAUACAUCCUAUUCGCUGUUUUCUUGCAGUGUUCUGUUUCUGGGAUUGACAACAAAGACAUUUUCAAUGGGUUUGCAUCAAAACUUUCCAAGUACUCCGUUGUAAAUCCUCAGUUGAUUCAUAGACAUACAAGGAGCAUCAACAGCCCACCACAAUCAGACGAGCAGCAGGAGGAUGAGACAGUGUUGUAUGCACUCAACUUUAACAACAGAAAACACGUCCUUCAUCUAAAAAGGAACAGAGACUUCUUGCACCCCAACUUUGUUCAGUUUUCACGUGAUGCGGCUGGUGGCUACAACUCGUCAUAUCCGAGACCGCAUGUGCACUGCUAUUACCAUGGAGAGGUGGAAGGAUAUGAGGAUUCAGUGGUAGCACUCAGCACCUGCUCUGGCCUCAGGGGUGUGAUCAUCCUUGGAAAUGAGACGUUCGGACUUGAGCCUGCGCCACAGUCUGCCACUAAUGAGCAUCUUCUGUACCUGCUGAAGGACAUUCAGUCCGAGCCCGUCACCUGCGGGGUCGUCGGUGAGGCCGAGUCGACGCCGAGCCACGACCCCUUUGAGCCCGGCCAGUCGCUGACUUCACUGCUGCGGAAGAAGCGAAACUUACCACAAACCAGCUAUGUGGAGUUGGUGCUGGUUGUCGAUAAUCUCAGGUAUAAUUUUAAACAACAAAAUGAGACGGCGGUGCGGGAGGAGAUAGUGGAGAUGGCUAACCUGCUGGAUGGGUACUACAAGCAGCUGAAUAUCCGCAUUGUGUUAGUGGGCCUGGAGAUUUUUAAGAACAGCAACCCCUUCAGUGUGGACGGCUCUGCAGGGGAGGUGUUGGGGAGGUUUGUUCGGUGGAGGAAGGCGGAACUGAUACCAAGACUCAAACAUGACAUCGGUCAGCUCAUUGUCGGUCAGCCCCGGGCGUACCCAGGAGGUGUGUUGGGCAUGGCCUUCGUGGGAACGGUCUGCUCCGUAGCGAAUGGUGGCGGGAUCAACGUGUACAGCGACAACUCCUUGGCUUUUAUCUCCACUGUGGUGGCCCAUGAGAUGGGCCACAACCUGGGCAUGAAUCACGAUAAUUCUCGCUGCACUUGCAAUGGAAGCAGCUGCAUCAUGGGAGCAAGUGCUACUGGUUCCACCUUAUUCAGCCGAUGCAGCGCACAAGACUUCGAGGGUCUGGUUGUCCGUGGAGGAGGCGUGUGUCUGAGAAAUCAGCCCUCCGAGUCGGAUGUGGUCGGCGUCGCUGAGUGUGGCAAUGGCCGCCUGGAGGGAAGAGAGCAGUGUGACUGUGGCACACCAGAGGAAUGCACUAAUCAAUGCUGCGAUGCUGCCACGUGUACGUUUACACGCGGGUCCGCUUGUGCUCAGGGAGAAUGCUGCAGCAACUGUCAGAUCCUGGUUUCUGGAACGCCGUGCAGGGAGUCUGUCAACACCUGUGACCUUCCUGAAUUCUGUGAUGGCAACAAUGCAUCUUGUCCCAACGACUUCUACGUCAUGGACGGCCUGCCCUGUGAAGACAAUGCUGCGUACUGCUACGAAGGCCGCUGCCAGACAUACGACUUCCAGUGCAGACAUCUGUUCGAAUCAGACGCUGCAAGAAAGGCAGCAGACAUUUGUUUUUCACAUGCGAAUACCAUAGGAGACAAAUUUGGGAACUGUGGAAUCACCAGCUCAGGAGCCUUCAUCAAAUGCACUGUAGCAAAUUCCAUGUGUGGGAAGGUGCAGUGCACCAAUGUGGACGUGCAGAAACCUCCCGAAGGCGCCAUAAUCAGCAUCCAAAUGGUUGAUGGGUCAAGUUGUGUCAACGCAGACUUUAACCUCGGCACAGAUGUGCUUGAUCCUGCCUACGUCAACCCCGGCAGCCCUUGUGACAAAGGAAAGACCUGUCUGGACUUUACGUGUGUGAACGCUUCGGCUCUACUGCCCAACUUGGAUUGUGAUGCUCGGACCACUUGCAACAGCCGAGGGGUAUGUAAUGACCAAGGCCACUGCCACUGUGACAAUGGAUGGGGCCCACCCAACUGCAACGUACCGGGCCGAGGUGGCAGCAUAGACAGUGGUCCUGCUCAGAUAGACUACUCCCUUAGAAACGGCCUGUUGAUCUUCUUCCUGUUGGUGGUUCCUGUUCUGGUCCUUGUCACUCUGGUGCUGCUCUACAUCUUCAGGAGAGAGUCCCUGGAUCCUUGCCUAAAGCGACGAAGCCUUAAGUCACGUAAUGCUCGACAUGAAAAUACAGAGUCAAACCGCAACGCUCAAGCAAACGUCACGACCCAGCCUCCAGUACGAGUCCCUCCUGACAGGCCUGGAAAUCCACCAGCUACCUCAGCUCCAAGUUCUGAUUUCAGGUACGGAGAACUGGACUACUGGAAUAUGGACACCAGCAAUGCCCCUGCACAAUCAGCAGCUCCUACGCAAGGCCCCGGAGUGCCCAGACCAAUCCCUCCAAAACACACACCAGCCUAAUCCUCCUCUCUUUAUGUGGCAUAUUUAUAGUCGUAUGGUGAAUGAGACAACAGUUCAACGCUGUAUUAACAGACAAUUCUAAAACACUGUGAUGAUUACUGAUGGUAACCUGCUACCUGCAUCCUCUGGAAGCUUGAUUGUGGUAUUGUUGGUGGUGGAAGAGGCUGGUAAAUAUUUAAUGGAAGAUGUGUUUUAUUAGGUAAUUGUUUGUCACUCUUAAGAAAAGAAAAUCUUUUGUAUCCUUAUGCUAUUAUGUUUUUUCAAUGUAUUUUAAAUGUUUUGCAAAUGUUGAUGCUGUGGAUGUUAAUUGUAAUAAAAAAUAUCAAAUUGUA